UGUGCCCCACACCGAACGCCAAUGGUCAUCGAAUCCUCAACCGCGAGCCUAGGCACAACAAAGGCUAUAUUUCUUCUUUCCUGGAUGUUCUGACUCUCUUUUCGUUGUGCGGCGUUAUGAGGCAAGUUGGGUCUGUACUGUGGCCGAAACUGCGGGUCCUGCAAGUGUACGGUGCAAACACAGGCGUUGGCAAAACAAUCUUUUCUUCGCUUCUAUGUCAAGCGUUCCAGCGACAUUUCCCGAAGGUACAUUACCUUAAGCCGAUCUCUACAGGACCGCUCGACGAAGCGGAUGACCAACAUGUUGCGACACUUGGGCAGAAUACACGAGCGAGAUGCCUCUAUCAGUUCUCUGAGCCUGUAAGCCCACAUAUCGCCGCUAGGUCGUCUUCCAAGCCCGUUGCGGACGCGAAUGUACGGACGGCGGUCCAUGACGAGCUGCGAACCUACGCCACUGAUGAGGAUGGUAUCGCCAUCGUCGAGACGGCAGGCGGAGUGCUAUCGCCGUCACCCAGCGGUAGCUCUCAAGCCGACCUCUACCGGCCCCUGAGGUUACCCGUCUUCCUGGUUGGCGAUCAUCAGCUAGGCGGCAUCGGCACGACCAUCUCUGCGUGGGAGUCGCUGCGUCUCCGGGGCUAUGAUGUCCAAUCCAUAGCAUUGUUCGCCGAGGACAGGUACGAUAAUCAUACCUACCUCAAGAGCUACUUCGCAGAGCGGGACGUCCACGCGUUUUCAAUACCACCACCUCCGGGGCGUGAUGCCGAUGCCGUUCAAGAUGCCGAAGAAAUGCGGAAGUACUACACAAGUUCCAGCGAUCACCGUGCAGUCUCCGACUUCACCAACAGGUUCCUGGAGGCCCACGAAAUGCGCCUUCGCAACAUCCAGCUCAUGCCCUCAGAAGCCGAGCAAGCCAUCUGGCACCCUUUCAUGCAGCAUACCGAGCGAUCGAAGGACACGAUCGUUGCGAUCGACUCGGCAUACGAUGACUAUUUCCAGACAUAUACCACCAAGCGAGCCGCCCAGCAAGCCUCGAGCCCAGAAGCACCGCUUCUUGUACCUGCAUUCGACGGCUCAGCCUCAUGGUGGACGCAAGGCUUGGGCCACGGUAACCCUCGACUUGCACUCACCGCAGCGCACGCGGCUGGCCGGUACGGUCACGUCAUGUUUGCGGGUGCUGUACACGAGCCGGCCCUUAGGCUUGCGCAAACACUGGUUGAGAAGACGGGCAACCCGCGACUGAGCAAGGUCUUCUUCACAGACAACGGCAGCGCGGGCAUGGAGGUUGCUGUCAAGAUGGCUUUGCGGGCUGCUGCUGUCCGGAAUGGCUGGAGUGCUGAAGACGACAUCCGAAUCCUAGGCUUACAAGGCAGCUAUCAUGGCGACACGAUCGGUACGAUGGACUGCAGCGAGCCAAGCAUUUACAACAAGAAAGUCGAGUGGUACACAGGGCGCGGACAAUGGCUCGACUUUCCCCAGGUUAAGAUGCGCAAGGGGCAGUGGGUUGUCGAACCUCCUGCCACGUUCGAGGGGGCACUUGGCGAAGUGGAAGAGUUCGAGAGCCUAGCCGCGGUUUUCGACCUAGGGAACAGAAGCCAGCAUCGCGAUUUAUACAGAGACUAUCUCAAUGGAUGGCUUGCCGAGCAAGCGCGACAAGGCACCAAGUUCGGCGCGCUGAUCAUGGAACCGAUACUGCUUGGCGCAGGCGGGAUGAUGUUCGCAGAUCCGUUGUUUCAGCGCUGCCUUGUUGAAGCUGUGCGUAAGCAAGAGUCCAGCGCGACUUCAGCCCGUGGCGAGCACGAGUGGAGUGGUAUGCCAGUGAUCUUCGACGAGAUCUUUACGGGCCUGUAUCGGCUAGGCCGCUUCAGCGCAGCCAGCUUCCUCGGUGUCCAACCAGACAUCGUAGCAAAUGCCAAGCUGCUAACCGGUGGGCUGUUGCCUCUCUGCACCACCACAGCCAGUCAAUCAAUAUUCGAAGCUUUUCUAAGUAAGGAUAAGAGCGAUGCAUUGUUGCACGGACACAGCUACACCGCACAUGCUGUCGGUUGCGCAGUUGCUAACGAGAGUCUGGGAACCAUGAUGAAGAUGGAACGACAAGGCGCAUGGACAACCUUCAGGGAGAGCUGGUUGCCAUCGAGCCAUGGUUUGAGCCUGUCUACAAGCUCCGGUGAGGUGUGGAGCAUGUGGUCGAAUGCAUUCCUGAAGGCGAUCUCGCACCGGCCGAAUGUCGAUUAUGUCUUUGCGCUCGGAUCUGUUCUCGUCAUUGCGCUGAAGGAUCCCGCCGGGGCCAGCUAUGCUUCAGCCGCCGGAGCCGGCCUGCGCGACAAGCUAUUUGCUGGCGACUCUGGCGACGAAGCUGUUAUCCAUUCUCGCGUCCUUGGAAACGUGCUGUACUUGAUGGCAGCAAUCAGCACUAGUCGGGAGACCCUUGAGGCCAUCGAGGAGAAGGUCUUCAGCGCGCUAGAGUAAGCCUGCAGCCAGCUUGCAAUAACCGC